AUGAAUACCAUUGAGACAGCAAAGCUUGAAGAGCAUAUGGAGGGUCAAAACAAUGACCCUUCUAAUGGCUACUCAAGACCUACUCUCUCAGUCAAUGAAGAGAACAAAAAUGGCACUAGCAAAUCAAAGGGCUUGUCUAAUGGCUUGCGAAAAACAGCAAAGAAAUAUCCUGAUUACAUCCAGAUUGCUAUGCCUGCUGAGUCUAGGAACAAAUUUCCUCUGGAAUGGUGGAAAACAGGCAUUGCCUUUGUCUACGCUCUCUUCAACUUGAUUCUAACAACUGUCAUGAUCACUGUGGUCCAUGAGAGAGUACCUCCAAAGGAGCUAAGCCCUCCCUUGCCUGACAAAUUUUUUGAUUACAUUGAUCGUGUGAAAUGGGCUUUUUCUGUAUCAGAAAUAAAUGGAAUGAUACUAGUGGGAUUAUGGAUAUUCCAGUGGUUGUUUCUUAGAUACAAAUCAAUAGUGGGACGCAGGUUCUUUUUUAUAAUAGGAACUUUGUAUCUGUACCGCUGUAUUACUAUGUACGUUACCACCUUACCUGUGCCUGGAAUGCAUUUUCAGUGUGCACCAAAGUUGAAUGGAGAUUCUCAGGCAAAGGUUCAGAGGAUCCUGCGACUGAUUUCUGGUGGUGGUCUAUCCAUAACUGGAUCACACAUCCUAUGCGGAGACUUCCUGUUCAGUGGUCACACUGUGGUAUUAACACUGAUCUACCUGUUCAUCAAAGAGUAUUCACCACGUCAUUUCUGGUGGUAUCACUUAAUCUGCUGGCUAAUGAGUGCUGCUGGCAUAAUUUGUAUCCUUGUUGCUCAUGAACACUAUACCAUAGACGUCAUCAUUGCUUACUAUAUCACUACACGGCUUUUCUGGUGGUACCACUCAAUGGCUAAUGAAAAGACUUUAAAGGUUUCUUCGCAGACAAACUUUCUCUCUCGAGCAUGGUGGUAUCCAAUAUUUUAUUUCUUUGAGAAGAAUGUGCAAGGCUCUGUUCCUUGCAGCUUUUCCUGGCCAAUAUCUUGGCCUCCCAGCUGCUUCAAAUCUUCAUGCAAAAAGUAUUCACGGGUUCAGAAGACGGGAGAGGACAAUGAAAAAUCUACCUGA